GGGUGAGAGGGUUUGUAUGUUAAUUGCCAGUAUAUAAUGAGUUCAGAAUUCUCCUGGAGCAGCAUUGAGUUGACAUCUGAGCAGCGAAGUAAACAUGGGGAAGAUCACUUUUUAUGAAGACAGGGACUUUCAAGGGAAGUCCUAUGAGUGUUCUGGUGAUAACGCUGACCUACAUUCAUUUUUUGCCCGCUGCAAUUCCAUCCGUGUAGAAAAUGGCAGUUGGGUGAUCUAUGAACGCUCCAACUAUAUGGGACAUCAAUACUUUCUGAAGAAGGGGGAAUACCCAGAUUACCAGAGCUGGUUGGGUUUUAAUGACUGCAUAAGAUCUUGCCACUCAAUCCCACAACACCACGGACCUUACAGAAUAAGGCUCUACGAUAGAGAGGAGUUCCGUGGUCAGAUGAAAGAGUAUGUUAACGACUGCUCUAACAUCUUUGAGAGCUUCAAUGCACGUGAUGUCCUGUCCUGCAAUGUUCUGGAUGGCUAUUGGAUCUUCUAUGAGGAAUCUGGCUUCAGAGGAAAUCAGUACUUCCUGAGACCUGGUGAAUAUAGGAGAUACACCAAUUGGGGAUCCACAAAUCCUAAAGUUGGCUCUAUAAAACAAAUUGUAGACUUUUAUUAAAAAUGUGAUAUGUAAAAGUGUAUAUUUCACUUAAGAAAAAUAAAAUUUGUAACAAAGA